GGCCGGAGAAGGAGCGGGGCCGUCGGGGAAGUUUCUUGAGCAUCGGAGAGGUGUCGGAGAAGCACACCUUUUAGCACGGGAAGAUGAGUGAACUUGACCAGUUACGCCAGGAGGCAGAGCAACUCAAAAACCAAAUCCGAGAUGCGAGGAAAGCAUGUGCUGAUGCCACACUGGCCCAGAUCACAGCCAACAUUGACCCUGUGGGCCGCAUCCAGAUGCGUACUAGGAGGACACUGCGCGGACACCUGGCUAAGAUUUAUGCAAUGCACUGGGGAACCGAUUCCAGGCUGCUGGUUAGUGCAUCACAGGAUGGCAAACUGAUCAUCUGGGACAGCUACACCACAAACAAGGUCCACGCCAUCCCCCUGCGCUCCUCCUGGGUCAUGACCUGUGCCUAUGCCCCGUCCGGGAACUACGUGGCCUGUGGCGGUCUGGAUAACAUCUGUUCCAUUUACAACCUGAAAACGCGUGAAGGCAAUGUGCGCGUGAGUCGCGAACUGGCUGGCCAUACAGGCUACCUAUCAUGUUGCCGUUUCGUGGACGAUAACCAAAUUGUCACCAGCUCUGGAGAUACCACUUGCGCCCUUUGGGACAUCGAGACCGGCCAACAAACCACCACGUUCACCGGCCACACCGGGGACGUCAUGAGCCUGUCCCUCGCGCCCGACUCCAAAUGUUUCGUCUCCGGUGCCUGCGAUGCCUCGGCGAAGCUGUGGGAUGUCCGAGAAGGGAUGUGCCGGCAGACCUUCACCGGCCACGAGUCGGACAUCAACGCCAUCUGCUUCUUCCCCAAUGGCAACGCCUUUGCCACCGGCUCCGACGACGCCACGUGCCGCCUCUUUGACCUCCGGGCCGACCAGGAGCUCAUGGUCUACUCCCACGACAACAUCAUCUGCGGCAUCACCUCCGUCGCGUUCUCCAAGAGCGGGCGCCUCCUCCUCGCUGGCUACGACGACUUCAACUGCAACGUGUGGGACACGCUCAAAGCAGACAGAGCCGGUGUCCUAGCUGGCCACGACAACCGCGUCAGUUGCUUAGGCGUCACUGACGACGGCAUGGCCGUGGCGACGGGCUCGUGGGAUAGCUUCCUCAAGAUCUGGAACUAAAGUCUGUAGAAUAGCCGUGGACUCCACGCUGACUGGAAGAUUUUUCCAACGGUUGAAAAUUUACAAAUAACGUAUCCAAUCAUACUAACUUGGACCCCUCCCCUGUCCCACCCAGCCACCAUCACCAUCUCGCAACUGCUGAAAAAAAAAUCCAAGAGCACAAUGAAUCUCUCCGAGAAGAAUUUUUGUGGUUCUAUACAAAUAGCGAAAGAAGUAUAAAUUGUGCAUUCCUUUUGGGACCACUUUUCGUCUAGGAAACUAAAGAAAAAAAAUCCACACUUGUGUAAGCAUGUCCAGACAAAAAGAGAGAGAGAGAAAGGGGGGAUAAAAACAUUGUGAAACGAGACAGCUUUUAACUAUCACUGUAGUUUAAAGAUUACAAACCGUUGAUCUGGUUUUACUGACUUUUUUUGAGUUGGGCGGGUGGGAGGGCCUAUGUUUUAAUCUCACUUUCAGACUUUGAAGUCGUGUUGGUAGCAGGAUUGAGAUCUACUUUUCUGUCCAUAUUUCCUUCCCUCCCCCUCCCUUUCCCCUCCCCCCCCCCUUUUUUUUAAAAAAAUGCAAAUUGCUUUUAUGGCCAAAAUGUUGAGCAAGGUGAGAGAGUCAGAGCCCAGAUCUUCUGGAAUUGUUCAUGCUGUAAAUUUAGUCCCUGGAUUUUUAUUUUUAUUUUUAAUUUUUGUCUUAGUGUCACAAAUCGUUGCACAAAUAUUGCAUAUAUAGAAUGUUAAGAAAUAAGAUAACCAAGCACAUGCUGUACAUGGUAUUGAAUGUUUGUUUUCUUUUUUAAAAAGUUCACCUUUUAUGGGGAAACAAAAUGCAAACUCUAGGUUUUUCCACCCCACCCCAGACAUUAUUCAUACUUCCCCCCCACUUUUGCCUACUUUGGAUUACUAAGGCCUUGUCAGAGGGCCAUUUUUACCCUAACACUACCCUAUAAUCUCAACAAACCAACCAGAUUCUGUGGGGUUUGUGGGGGGGGGGGGACCUGUUCAGCACUUGGCUAUUCCAUCGAUUCUUUGUGUAUGAAAAAAUGUACAAAUCAAUGUUUUUGAAAAUACUGAUCUUCAACUUUCUAAGUUAAUUGGGAAUAAUGGAAAGAAAACCGAUCUUUUUUUUUUCCUUUCCUUUUUACUGUUUGCCAUCUUGGGUUGGGUUCCUCUUUAGAAUCGCAUGCUGUAGAAAUGCUAAAGUGCAUCUGAGGCUAAGGCGUCCUUAUCUGUGUUUUUUUUUCCUUUUUUCUUUUGAGGAAAAAUAACCUGGGUUUAAAAAAGCUGUAGCAAUUGCACCGAUCUCUCCAUUCUUUGUCACUACUCUGUGCAUAAGCCAUCUACAAAGAAUGAAAAGUGCAUCUGAAGCUCUGCACGCCCCCAGAGUAGCACAACGUCCCUUUAAUUCUUUUUUUUAAUGAAACUGCCUGUUUAAACAAUCACUGAUUUUGAUUUUUGAGGUGGGGAGGCGCGGGGAAUAACAGACCAUGCUUAUUCAUAAAUUUAAAUUCCUAGCCGCCCAUUGGCUCUGUCCAAAUGAGCCCUUCUGUCAGAUUAAAUUGUGUGUUUUUUUCUUUUUAAUUAAGCAAACAGCAUUUGGGCAGCAAAAUUCCCCUUGUCAAACUUUCUCCGCUUUUCUCUCUCUCCCGCCAUAUCAGGAUUUCGCCUCCCUCGCUGCUUUCGAUCCAUUCUGGGUUUUUUUGUUUUGUUCUUUCCCUCUGCAACAUUCUCUACCAAAAAAAAUAUGCGCGUUUUUAGGCCUGGAUUUGGCAUUUCAAAAAGUUUUUUUUUUAAUUAAAAAAAAAAAACCACCACAGCCCUCCCCUUCUCCCCCCCCCCCCACUUCAUGAAACUUUUCUCCGUAGAGCUUUCUCCACACCCUUGUAUCCUUCACUCUUUUUGUAUUUAAUUUUCAAGUCAGUGUACUUCAAGGAAGCUGGAUGCAAGAUAGAUACUAUAUUAAAAUGUACUGUUAUUUAAGAUGUAAUAAAGCAGUUUGACAUGA